AUGGCUGGAAGUUCAUUUCCAUACUUCAACAUAGUUCAGUCGCAGCUUCAGUACCUGGAGUUCUGCCUAUCCCUUUUCCGCACCCUUGCGGUGGCCCGUUCGAUGGGCGACACCAGGCUCGAGAUGAUAGGGCUGGGCCACGUCGGACAGCCAAGCUCCUUGAAUCAACAAGCAUCAUCCAUGGUCGGAAUUCAUGGAGCCCUUGCUGGAAGACCUGAAGGACUUAGAACCUUAAGCAGACAGCAAGGUCGUAACGAAUUCCUUGAUUUCUUCUUGAGCCCAUUUUGCAGUCGUCAUGGUCCCCAAAAAAAACGGCUAGGCAUGAGACGCGCAGUGGCGCGACUCACCUUAAGCCAGCAAAAUUGGAAGCAAGUGAACAAGCAGGUCUUAGAAGAGGUGCGGCGCGCCGAAUUUGUGGCCUUUGACUUGGAGCUCACAGGGCUUCAUGUGAAGAACGAACGCUUCAUUGGUGUGGAGCGAUGCUAUUCUGCUCACCGUGAAGGCGCACGAACCUUUCUGCCUGUGCAGGUGGGGCUCUGCGCUGCACGCCGUGAUCCUGCGAAGAGCACAGGGACUUCGGCCCACUGGAUCUUGUCGCCCGUGUCCUUGUACGUCUUCCCGCAAAAAGCGGCAGAGCAUCACUUCUCGGUUUCAGCCGCCACGAUGGUCUUCCUAGACGAGAACGGCUUUAACUUCAACAACUGGGUUAGAUAUGGCCUCGGAUGGCUCAGACCCUCUGAUGAGGAGGAGAAGCGCCGCAGCGUGCAGCAACGCAUCGACGAAGUGCAGCGCUUGAAGCGCGCUGCGACGGCCACAGCUCCGAGCGCCGCGGCUCCGAGUGAGGAGCAGCCAGCCUUGGAGAUACCGGAAGGUGCAGAUCGUGCGGUGGUCGACGCCUGUCGUCAGCAAGUCCGAGAGUGGCUUGAGUCGCCCAGCAACACACCGUUGGAGAUUCCAAUGGAGAACGCCUUUCAGCGUCUGUUGAUGCAUACCAUCAUUGCCCAGGAAUUUCCAUCCGUCUACAGUCACUCCUCGCGUCGUGACGGGGAACGCUUUCUAUGUGUCUACAAAUCUCAGGCUGAAGUUUACGAGGAACAGCUUCGGACGCUUCAGAGUGAGAUGGAGGCCAUCGAUGAAGAGGUUGGGGUGCGAAGUCUUACUGAUGAGAUCACGAAGAAUCAAACGCCCUUGGUGGGACACAACUGUUUUUACGACUUCCUGCACCUCUACCAAACGUUUUAUGCAGACCUUCCUGAAAGCAUUCAGGACUUCAAGGCUUCUUGGCUCCAACUUUUCCCCCAGACCUUGGAUACGAAGUUCUUGGCAGAGGCUCAUGAGCUGUUGGUGGGUCUGCAGCCGCCAGCCAACCUGAAAGGCCUUUGUGACUUCAUGGCCCAGGCUGCAACGACCGAAGAUUCUCAGAAACCUUUGCCUUUGACCUUUGAGGUGAAUAACCUGGAAGGUGUAGACUAUCGACUUCCCACCAGACCUGCACAAGGCACAACUUCCGAGGAUGAGAUGGAUUCGUCACACGAGGCCGGCUACGACGCCUUGAUGACCUCCAUGGUCCUCAUCCAUCAGCUCUCCCAUAUCUUGGGGAAGAAACGCAUCCCAUGGAGUCAGUUGGACUUUGGUCCUCUACGGAAGCGCCCUGCCAACGAUGCGCGGCGUUCCCUCACAGAGAUGUUGCCUUUGAGCGUGAACCGGAUCCGCUUGGUGAAGGCUCAACCCAAUGUCAUCAACCUGAGUGGUCGCGAUGAGGCUGAUAUGAGCCGACAUUUCUUGAUGUCUGGAUACCCACCCAGCUGGAAAAAGUGGGACUUGAUGAAGGUGUGGUCCCCGCUGUGGGUGGGACUGUCCUACAUCGAUGACAGCUCUUGUUGGGUUAUUGCAAGGAAUGAAGCUGAUGCGAUCAGCAUCCAAAAGAUCUACAAGAUGAUCGAGGGUAUUGCUGAGCUGGUGCGUGAAGUGCGAGCUCUACGUGAGGAGGUGCUGCAGCUCACGUUGCGGGUGAUUGACCUAGAGGGUGGUGAGACUCAAGCACCGGUGAGACCCGGCAGAGCUGCAACUGGCUCUCCUAUCACUGUUACUUGCAAUUUCCCCCAGGGACCAGCUGUUUAUUCCCCAGCCCCUUCUGGUAACUCAGCUGCUGCUGCUCCUUCAAUUGUGUCAUCUGCCAACAGCCCUGCUUACUCAGGUAAAGCUACGGCCGCGGAUUACACUGAAGCGGAGAGGCGAGAGGUGGCCAUUGAGAUUGGCAAAUUUUUUCGCCGGUGCUUGGCUGGUGAGGAGCGAGGCACGAGUGGGAGGGACCGCAUUCGAUUGCAGUCUCGUUGCUACGUUUUGUGUCGGGAUAUUUCAGGGCAGAGCUACAACCCUGUCCGUGUAUUCAGCUCUUUUUCUGCUAUCAAGCCCCUGGUUAAGCAGGGCGGCAAUUGCGGAGAUUCAGUUUUUGCAGGGUUCCCGACUUACUGGGAAGCUAGUGUGGCGGAGCGGGACGAAGCGCUGCGUCCUCCAAAUCCUGUGACAGCGCGGCAGUGCACAGUCCUCAUUGAAGGUGAGGCGGGAUUGGCCCCAGAUCCAGCCUAUCCUGUUGGUGUUUUUGAAGUUCCUUCUGAAGCUGGGGGUGAACCUACUACGGUAGCUUGCAUCGCCAUUUCUGAAGUUGAGGGAAGACUGCUAGUUGCGGUGCCGUUUUCCGUUUGGCACCGAGUAUCCAGCAGACGAGUUUUGCCACAACGAGCCCUGGGAAAGCCAGUUGUUCUUGAGGCCCCUUUUUUGGACCGAGCCGACCCGGCUGGCGGUGCUCACUCAGCGAAGCUCUGGGUGGGAAUUCUUGCAGCCGAGUGUGAAGCUCAUCUUGUUUUUGAUCCUACGACUGAGUUUGCAGAUUUUGACUAUCCAUUUGACCCUGCCGGACCAUUUGUUGUCCCAGUCGCUGAUACUUUGAUUGAGGUAGCUGAACAGCAUUUUGCUUUUUGGACAGCUCCUAGUGCUCCGCCUGAAGAGGCAGCACCCAGUGCAAUAGACCAGCGGUUGGCGGUUUUGGAGAAGAGUGUCGGCCAGAUUGCCGAAAGUUUGAAGCAUUUAGCUGCAGAGAAGCAGCGACCACCAGCGCUGCGAGCUGGGCCAGGGCCAUCAGCUGCUCCCCCUGCGACAGCACCUCGCGUCUCAUUCCAAUGCCCUCCUGGAUUGGGAACACAUCGAGGCAGCAUCGAUGCAGAAGUGGUUCAAGCUGCCAGAGAAGCAGGCAUUCCCCAAGCCCACAUCGAGCAGAUGAUCAGUUUAGCGCAGAAAGGAAAGCCCAAGUUGCAAGAUCUUCCGCUGCCGCGAAAAGCAGCUCCUGUGCAGUCUCGCGACCCCUUGUCCGAAAGCGAGGCAGACGAGCCCGAGAUGCCCGAGCUCGACGCCGAAGGACCUCAAGCUGUGGCCAAUGCAGUUCUGACUUCAGCAGUUACCAAGCUCACUCAGAUAGCCGGGCAUUUGGCGCAGCAAAAGAAAGCAGACAAAAGUUUGGAUGCCGUGCUAGACGGUGUUGGGUCGGGAAGCAGCGAGACAUCAGCGGUGGCGGGUUCCCGCCGCUAUGCAGCAGCACUGCGAGCUUUGCGGCGAGCCCUACUUGCACAGCCUCAAGAGAUCUACAAGAUCAUCGAGGGGAACAUGGAGCAGGACUUCAAUCUGCAGGCGCAGGUGCCUGGAAGCGCGGGAGUGCAAGUGACAGCACGCGCCUGGCUAGAGAUGAGGUCGCGCGUGCAAAACUUUCAGACUCCAGUGCGGCUGUUGUGGGGAAUUGCGGGUGCCUUGGACUGCCUGCGGGCCGAAAAGCCUGCCGAAGCCCGGGCUCGAUUGGCCCUGUUGCUUUGCCAAGGGGAUCAACUCAGCAUAGAUCGUGGCAACUGGAUUUUAGCGGGCGAGAUGGCCCUAGAGGAGCCGCCGCCGCUGGCGCAAUUUGCGGCCCACUCCCUGCCGCAGGAGAACGAAGCCCCUUACACGCGCUUGGUGGAUGGAAGGUGGGUCGAUUUGUUCCUCCAGAAGCUCAACGAUUACGACAGCCUGGCGGAGAAGAAGCGGAAGUUGACAUCAAGGCGAACUCCGCCUGGCAACCCGCCGGUCGAGCAAAAGCCGACUGCCAAGGCCGAACCAAAGAAGAAAGGCAAGGGCAAGGGAAAGCAACAAAGCAGCGGCGAUGGUGGUGCAGCCGAAAUGGACGGAGCUGCAACCGCCGACCACAAAUGA